AUGGACAUGACAUCGAAUGUAACUAUUGAUGAUUUAGUUAUUGAUAAUAUGGCAUUGUAUGAAACAUUUCGUAAAUCAUUCUCACGCGAUCCAUUUGAUCAUUAUGUCAAUGGCGUUUUUGGUCUAUUCAUUUGUUUAUUAGGCACACUAAGUAAUGCAUUAAGUUUCUCUAUUCUUGCUCGACGUACCAUGCGUCUUUCGACUUAUGUCUAUUUGGCCGGUCUUUGCUUAAGUGACUUUACAGCUUGUCUGUUUCUCAUACCUGGCUACAUUUUGGAUGCGUAUCCGGUCGAGGUACCUGAUUUUGAAUUGCCAAGAACGUACACUUAUACGAAAAUUCUCGUCAUCGCAGGUGCAAUUAGCACGACGGCUCGUGCUCUUAGCGUCUGGCUUUGUGUCGCAUUUACAAUUGAUCGAUGGAUUAUGAUUUGUCGUCCAUUCGUUGGUCCACUUUACUGCACGAUGAAAAAUGCUCGACGUGUUACAGUCAUUCUUUACAUAAUUGCCAUCUUCUAUGCCACGCCACUAUUCUAUGAAUACAAACCACAUGAAGAAACAGCCUUAUCGGAAAUUCUUGCUAAUCAGAACAAAAAGUUCUAUCGGUAUAUUUUAAGUGAUGUGGGACAAAAUUCAAUCUUUCGUUGGACUUAUGUAAUUAUUAAUGCUCUUGCUGUUUAUAUCAUUCCAAUAACGAUUAUUGUCAUACUUAAUCGAAAACUACUUAUUGCGAUACGUUUAUUGGAGCGACGUUCAGCUGAAUACAAUGCGCCGUUGCCAACAAAACAAGGUGUAACAAUCAUGUUAUUAGCAACGACAAUAACCUUACUAGUAUUUCGUUCGCCAUGUGCUAUUCUUUCUGUUAUGUGGUUGAUCCGGGCAAAGAUGUUCGUUAAUGAAAAGCCACCAUUUCCUCUACGAAAAUUUCAUUCCAUUGCCAAUCUUUGUGCAACACUCAGUGCCGCCACAACAUUCAUUAUGUUUAUCGUCUAUGGGACAAAAUUUCGUUCGGAAUUUACUCGAACCUAUUGUUGUAUGUUCAAUAAAGUCGCCCUACCAACCCGAACAAGCCACAUAAGAGAUGAUCAACAACAAUUAAAACAACUAAUAUCAAAUCAUAGUCAAGGUUCUGAUAAGAAUACUGCCAAAGCCAAAUCUUAUCUAACUGUCGAUGAGAAUUCAAACGGUAAAACUUAUACAAAUACGUCAAAACGUCAUAGCAGUGGUGGUACGUCAACAGCGAAAACAUCAAUAACAUCGCUAUCGCCAAUGAGACGCUUCAGGCGACAACGAUUAUCCUAUGAUCACGAACACGACUUAGCGCUGAGUUUAAAUGCAAACACGCGCUAUGAUAAUCAACAGCAUGAAUUGACAAUACGGGAAGAGGAGCGUGUUGGAGAGCAGAUUAACACGAAACCGGUGUCAUUAACUGAAUCAUACUUUGGCUGGUUUAAAAAUCUCUUCGGUCGACGUUGA